AUGGGUAGGAAAAUGGUAAAGAUGACGAGGAUAACGAACGAGAAGACAAGGAUAACAACUUACAGGAAGAGGAAAGAAUGUUUAUUCAAGAAAGCAAAUGAGUUCUCAACACUUUGUGGCGUCAACACAUGUCUCAUCGUGUAUGGCCCGGCCAGAGCAGGGGACGAGAGGAUCGACCGCCCCGAGUUAUGGCCCAAGGAUGAAAGCAAAGUCAGAGAGAUCAUAAGCAAGUACAGAGACACCGCCUCGAGCAGCUGCACCAAGACUUACUCUGUGCAAGAAUGCUUGGAGAAAAGUAAGAUCAAGGUGGAGAAAGAGAAGUACUGUCCGUGGGACAAGAAGCUCGACAAGUGUUCUUUAAACGAGCUAUACGCGGCUUUCAUGACAGUUUGUAACAAGAUUCAAGAAGCUGCGAAUAGGAACCAGACGUUUCCUGAAGCUUCUUGGUCUACUCAUCAUGAGCAACUUGGUUUCGUUGGUUAUAAUCAGCCAUGUCUCGAGCAGCAUCAGUUGUUUCCUAUGUCGUCAAUGGAGCAGAACGGUUUCGCCUUUCUCCCGUUUCUUAACCAAAUGACAUCGAACACCGGGGAAGCUGUUGCGUCCUUCUCAAAUGGGACAGAACCGGAGAUGAAUCAAGCCUUGUUCUACGGGAGCUGUUCGGAUGGUCAGUAUGCUCCGAUGGUACAGAAGGCAGAUUAUAUGGAACCAGUGCAGUGGGGUUUAGGGAACAGUGUGUUCAGCAACGUGAAGCCGUUCCCAGAGUAUCCUAUGAGGUUUGGGCAUGUUAAUGACUUGGAGAGUUCUGGUAAGACUCCUAUGUGA